AUGGUGAAAUAUGACGAUAUUACACACACUCUUCUUAUAGAUAAAAUAAAAAUACAGUAUGACUCUAACAGUCAAUGGAACAAGUUUUUUAAAUAUAGUUUGAGAAACCCGCACUCGUUUAUCUACCCUGACAGAACUCAUUUUGUUCAAAAUGCGGAUUUCGACUAUUUUAAUAGUACCUUCCAGUCAAAGGGAUAUAAACUUAAAAAUGUGGACACGGUGAAUGAAGAUUACAAAGAGGAAAAUGGAAAAGAAAGAUAUCUGCUUGAGGUGGAAAAGUAUGAUGAGAAAAACUUGAACCAAGAUGAAGAGACAGUAAACAGAAAAAUCGUAUAUUUGUUAAAAGAAUGCAUGUACUACUUUAUGAGCUUUAAUGAAAAAGAUGGACAAAUACUAGAUGAUAAAUCAUCAAAACAUAGAAAUAAAAAAGAUAUUAAAGAGAGCAGUGAAUAUGAACUUUUCAAAAGCUUAAAUGAUUGCAUUGUGCAACUGCACGAUUCCAAAAUUAAAAAACAUCAAGCACUUAUUAUGACAAAUGAAUUUUGUGGUCUUUUUACCCCUACCCAUGUCAAAUUAACGAAAUAUUCAGAUGGAUUUUUAAGUUUUUUAAAAGAAAAUAACAUUAAAUAUUUAGACUUAUUUUAUGAAGAAAUCAAAAAUAAUGAAAUUUACAAAAAGAAAAAAGAGCAUUAUGAUUUCUUGAAAAAUUCUUCCUUCGUCCCAUUAACAAAAGGAGAAAUCUCUUUAGCGAAUAAAAACAAAAAAUCUCUAAAAACUGUCUCCACUGCUGCAACUGCCCCGAUGAAUUCCCAUAGGAUUACCACGACACUUACUAUGAAGGGAACCAACACUAAGCAGAAGAAUGUCAAAGAGAGUUGUUCGCAAGAGGAAAAGUCGACACGCACAAAUGAUGUUGACAAUAUUCCAUCAGGUGCAAUACUAGUAAAAAAGGAUUCACCAUGUACAAAAAGGGGCCACAAUAAUUAUGAAAAUGUUGAUAAUUGUACUAAUGAAAAUGAUGAUAAUAGUAAUAAUAAAAAUGGUAAUAUUAGUAAUAAUAAAAAUGAUGAUAAUAGUAAUAAUAAAAAUGGUAAUAUUAGUAAUAAUGAUAAUGCCUCUAACGAGGAUGCUUCUACUAAUGGUGGCAAUGAUCAUCUAAAGGAGGAUGGGGGGAAAAGGGUAAAGAAAAGAAAAAUAGAUGAGUGUUCAGAAAAUGAAGGACAUAGUACGAGUCUUAAAAUGGACUCACUGAUGAAGGUUGGCAGUGACGGGACAGGUAAUAAUACCUGCACAGAGUAUGGGGAGGGAAAGAAAAACAGCAAUAGGAUGAAGAACGGUGAAGUGGAAAAGUGGACUGUGAAGAAACGUCGAAGCAGCAAUGAGUCUAAUCAAAAGAGGAAGAAAAAAAAAAAAAAGAGGAAUGAAGGAGAAGAAGAUGAAAAAGAAAGAGAUGGGAAGAAGAUAAAAAUGAAAAAGAAAAAGAAAAAAGUGAACGAUAAUAAGAGUGCAAAAGAAAAGUACGUAGAAGUGGACAAGGAAGAAGAGCAACUACAAUUGAUCCUUUAUGAAAAUGAAGAUAUUUGCAAUUAUUUGAACAUAAAAAGUGAAGAGAGAGAAUUGAAGAAAACAGAUUAUUAUACUAACAAUUAUGUAGGAAAUAAAAAAGAAAAUAUGAUUACAAAAAAUGCCAAAAUUUUCCACAUGUUGAAUAAAAGGGUUGCCUCGGAAGAAUAUAUAUACAACGAAAUAAAAGGAGAUUUUAUGAAAGAAAUAAAUUUGCCAAAUAAUUAUAACUAUGAUGUAAAUGCAAUAGAAAUAUGUAAAAUGGAUGUUAAGAAUUUUUAUCGAUGUGUAAUAAAACAUAUAAACAAAAAAAAAGAAAAAAUGAAAAUUUACUACAUAAUUAGUAACUUUUUAUUUUUUUUUUCAAAAAUGUAUAAAAAUAUGAUAAAUUUUGAUGACAAUGUACAUAAAGAUAUAAAUCGAAAUUUUGAUUACAAAAGUUUAAUUAUACAAGGAAAUAUGUUACCUCACAAUUUUUUUCUACUAUUGAAAGCAUUACAUUUAAUGAGUGUAUAUGAUAUUAUUAAAAAUUUUUACGUCUCUGUUGAAUAUGAUGAAAGAAAAAAUAAAUGUUUGCAUUUUUUAAACAUAACAGAGAAUAAAUUUUAUGAAAAUUUUAAAAAAUUCGAAAAAAACAUAAAGUCUAAUUUUUCAUAUGUUCAUAAGUUCUUACACAAUAUGAUUCCAAUACAUAAAUUCUUAAUAGCAAAGGGAAAAUUAUAUAAAAAUUCAGAAAAUACCACUUUUUCCUUUAAGAACGAAGAUCUUUUGCAGUUAACUUAUAACAAUUCAAUGUAUGAUAAUAGAGGUGGUUACGCAGGCGGAGCUUUGGUACUUUAUGAAGAGAAGAAUGAUAAUGAGACUAAUACAACUAAUGUGGGAAAUCAUUUCGAUCAGAAAAAUUUCAAUAGAGAUGAUAAUUAUAACAAUAUUGGCAACAGCAGUUUGAAUAAUCCAUACACAUCAUCUUUUCUCUAUUUCAUAUACGACUCAAGGAGUAUGCAUAAUAAAGCACUGGAUUCUAAUUUGAAGAAAGUGUAUAAAAUAAUUGAAGAAAAAGAAAUGCACAAAAUUCUAAACGAAUUGGCAGACCUGAAUGAUAACUUUACGAAAAAUUUACUGAAAGAGUAUAGACUUCUAUUCCUUGUAGAAUCCUAUGAAAAAAAUAACCUCUUCCAAAAUGUUCUAUUUAAUUCGCUCUUGUAUGACACCUAUAUUUCUCUAAUUUUUAUUUAUUAUGUAAAUAAUUACGUGCACAAAUAUGAACCCUUCACGCACAACCCGCUUUUCAAACCAUCCUAUUUCUACAUGCUCGUGAACCAAAUCAAGAAAAAAAAAAGGGACGCAGAAAUGAAAACCCAAAAAUGUAAAGACCACCAGCAUACUGUGGAUAAAAUGUGCAACAAUUUUUUUAAAAGUUCCCUGAACAGUAUUCUCAAUUCGACGCUCACCAAAGGGGAGGAACUAGCAGAAGCGGAAGAAGCGGUAGAAGUGGUAAAAGCGGUAGAAGUGGAAGAAGCGGUAGAAGUGGAAGAAGUGGAAGAAGUGGAAGAAGCGGUAGAAGCGGUAGAAGCGGUAGAAGCGGUAGAAGCGGUAGAAGCGGUAGAAGCGGUAGAAGCGGUAGAAGUGACAGUGGUAAGCACUACGAAAGGAAAGAAAUGGCAAGGGAGAAAGGAACCAGAUGAGCACAGGGAGGAAGAAAAUUCCCCCCACAGUGAUUAUCCGGAACAAAAUAACAUAAUUAUAAACGAAAAAGUGAUAAGGAAAAGGGAACCGAAUGACGUAAUCACUUGUAUAUUUGUUUUUAUCAACUUUAAUCAUAACAACCCUAGUGAAGAAGAAAAAAAAGUGCGCGAAUUAAUUCUACACGUUUUGAAAAAUAAAGAAGUAGAAAAUUCAAACGAACAAAUCAAGUAUGUAUUCAAAUAUAGAAAUAAUAUCAAUGAUGCAACAACAUUAAGCGAAAUACAAGUGCGAAAGUUUGAUUUUUCCAAAAUAUUUAUAUUCGGAAUUGUAUUAAAUAAUGAUAUAUCCAACACGAACUUGCAAGAGGAGAUACAUCACCUGUACAAUUUGAACACUACCCUACACAACAAAUACCAUUUACGUAACUUUCAAAUCGAGACCAGAAUUUUUACAUUUUAUUGGAUAUAUGAAGUUCAUGUGUACGGAUCCAUAUUCCUCAAGAGUAAAGAAUCCAUUCACAUGAUCACGCAGGUUGAAGGGUGCUAUCGAUUACCUUACUCUGUUGAGUGGAAAAGCCACUACCUAUGGGGAUAUUAUUUAUACAUAAUUCAAGACAACAUUGAUAGUAAAUAUUCAGAAGAAAAAAUUUGGAAAUUACGACAAGAGGAGGGAGUGAAUGUACGUCUAUGCAGUGAAGAGUUUGACGUUAAAAUUGUCGAAGAGGAUAUAAAGGAAGUUCUUAGUAUUCACAACUUAGAAUUAAAUGAUUUAAAAUACAUGAACAAAACCAUAUUUAUGAACAUAAUUUUUUUAAUUGAAAAUGGACAUUUAACAUACUUUAAUUUUCUGAAUACCGACAAUAUUCAGAUAAAUCAAAGAAACAAUUAUAUAUUUAUAAAAAUUUUUAAAUCCAAAGUGACAUUCCCUUCCUUUAGUUUUAUCACUCCUCUAUUGAAUGACUCUUGGCUUACUGACGUUCUCCACAAGCAAAGGCUCCUUCCAUUUGCAGAUUACUUUUACAAGUUCUGA